AAGACCGGGUGUUUUCUCCACGCCUCCUUCUUCGCCCAAGGAUCGCGGUACAUGGGGGGUGUUGGUGGGGGGUUUGCCAUCUGUCCACCAUGUUCUCAACUAUCAGAAACCUUCCGUGAAGAGUGAGGUAGGAGAUACACACAUUUGUCGAACACCGCCGAGUUGGUGGUGGUUCAGGGCGGAAGCUCCAGCUCAGCGUCUGUGGGGGGUGUUUAGGGCAGGCCCGAUUAAACUUGAACUUUUCCCUUGACUGUCACAUCAGCCUGAGCACCUCUGUCAGGUAUAUCUUGGGUAUAUCAUUGUUCCCCCCUUCAUCUCUAACCACCACCAUCCUGCUUUCGAACGCCAACUCUCUGUCUGUCGUCCCUGUCCAUUAUGUCCGCCGAUAUCUCAAUGUCGUCUGACGAGGACACACCACUCGCGCCACGUCCGGGCCCCAGUAAGCCCAAUGGCCACGCCGCAGCCAACGGCAACGGCAAUGGCAGGGUCGACAGCGACUCCCUCAUGUCUGACGACGAUGAUCUACCGCUCGUAUGUUCCCUCAUAUACGUCUCGCCACGGGCGUCACUAAUAUGUCUUCAAUUGGAUUUAAUAACUAAUUUACAGUCCCAGACGACGCGCACGAAGUCGGAACCUAUGACCCCCGAAGUACGCUCGAGAAAGCGAAAGCAGGCGCCGGUCUACUCCUCCAGUAGUGAUGAUGAUACCCCCCUCGCGUCAACACCUCUCCGGGCUACUAAGGCCAAGUCAACCGCUGUCCGUAUGCCGGGCGCUAUGAAGGCCACCACUCUUCCCGCCUCCGCUGUCAAUGGCAACGGUCGAGCGAAGAAGGCUGUUAAGGUCGAAGAAAGCGACUACGAGGAGGAUACGCCCCAGCCAAAGAAACGUCCGGUCAAAGCGCAGCGUCCACCUCCGAAGAAGCGAGUAAAGAAGGAGGAAUCAGAUGUGGGGAGCGAAGAUGAAACGCCCAUCGUGAAGAAGACUGCGCCGAAGAAACGCAAAGCCAAGCAGCAGGAGCAGGAGGCCAAAGCAGAGAGUUCUGGUGACGAGCAGCCUUUAAAGGCAAAGAAAGCUCCUGCGAAGAGGGCGAAGAAGGAGGAAACGAAUGGCGUAGCCCCCAAAUCCAAGAAGGGCAAGGCGAAGAAGGAGGACAGCGAAGAGCCUGCGAAGAAGAGCAAGAAAAAGAAGGAAGAGGAGGAGGAGAAGGAGAUCUUCCGUUGGUGGGAGAAUCAAGAUCCCAAUGGCGAUGGGUCUAUCAAGUGGAACACUUUGGAGCAUAACGGUGUCUAUUUCCCUCCACCGUAUGAGGCUCUCCCAAAGAAUGUCAGAAUGAAGUAUAAUGGCAAACCUAUUGAUCUUCCUCCGGAAUCAGAAGAGGUUGCUGGUUUCUAUGCAGCCCUACUUGAGACCGAACAUGCUCAGGACAAGACAUUCAACAGCAACUUCUUUAAAGACUUCCUCGAGAUUCUUAAGGAGCACCCUCCAGUGGAUGGGAUGAAGAUCGAGGAGUUCGCCAAGUGCGAUUUUAGACCUAUAUUUGAGUAUUUCGAGGACGAGAAGGCGAAGAAGAAAGCCUUAUCAGCCGCUGAGAAAAAGGAGCUGAAGGCGGCGAAGGACAAGCUGGAAGCUCCAUACACGCAUUGUGUGCUUGAUGGCCGGAAGGAGAAAGUGGGUAACUUCAGGGUCGAACCUCCUGGUCUUUUCAGAGGUCGUGGUGAUCAUCCUAAGAAGGGUGCAUUGAAACUUCGUGUUCGCCCUGAAGAUAUUACCAUCAAUAUCGGCGAAGGCCUUCCUACACCUCAACCCAAUGUUCCGGGCCAGUGGAAGAAGGUCAUCCAUGACCAAACUGUCACAUGGCUCGCCAACUGGACGGAGAACGUUAACGGUAACUACAAGUAUGUUUUCCUAGCCGCGGGUAGUUCGAUCAAGGGGCAGAGCGACAUGUCGAAGUUCGAGAAAGCCCGUGAGCUUAAGAGCUACGUCGACGUCAUUCGUAAAGACUACACUGCAGAUCUCAAGACGAAAGUCAUGAAGGAUCGUCAACGUGCUACCGCGAUGUACUUCAUCGAUCGUCUCGCACUCCGAGCCGGUAAUGAGAAAGGCGAUGAUGAGGCGGAUACCGUAGGUUGUUGCUCGUUGCGAUGCGAGCACGUCACAUUGGAGCCACCCAACUACCUCAUCUUCGAUUUCUUGGGUAAAGAUUCCAUUCGAUACUACAACCGGGUACCAGUCGAUGAGCAGGUCUUCAAGAACAUCAAGUUGUUCAAGGAGAACAAGAAUGAUGAUGAUGACCUAUUCGACCGUGUCGAUACUGCUCCGCUCAACAAGCAUCUGGCAUCGUACAUGAAGGGUCUGACGGCGAAGGUGUUCCGUACCUAUAAUGCAUCGAUCACUUUUCAAGAACAAUUAGAUCAAGGUACGCCUGAAAAGGGGACGGUGCAGGAGAAGCUGAACGCCUACAAUCACGCCAACCGCAUGGUGGCCAUCUUGUGUAACCAUCAACGUGCUGUGCCCAAGACGCACGAGCAGUCUAUGGGCAAGAUGCGAGAGAAGCUUCGAGCAUUCAAGUAUGAACGUAUGAAGCUCCGACAUGCGUUGUUCGCCAACGAUGCCAAGUUCAAGAAGAAUAAGAAGUACUCGCAGGACGAGUCUGAUCUUGACGACGACGCCAUUGCCGAACACGAAGAGAAUCACAGAGCCAAAGAGAUCGAGAAGGCCGAGAAGAAGUUCCAGAAAGACAAUGAAAAGCUUGCGGCCGAAGGCAAAUCCCCUCAACCUGAAUCUGUUCUCAAGGAUAAGCUCAAGGACAUCGAAGCCGAAUUCAAGAAGCUCAAGAAAGAACGUGGCACCGGCAAGCAUGAGCUGAAGAGGGAACGAGCCACUGAAAAGAUCGAGGAUGCUAUUGAUAAGCUCGAAGAGAAGAUCAAGACGUUCAAGCUUCAAAUGGAGGACCGAGAGGCUGGUAAAGAGGUUGCCUUGGGCACGAGUAAAAUCAACUAUUUGGAUCCAAGAAUUACCGCGGCCUGGUGCAAGAAGCACGAAGUCCCCAUCGAGAAGAUUUUCUCGAAGACGCUGCUGGCGAAGUUCCCCUGGGCUAUGGAAGUAGAUGACGGUUGGAAGUUCUAGACCUUAGAUUUUUGGUUGUUUGCAAACCUCGCAUUUUCAUCGGACGCACACAUGCACGCUGCUUCGCAUUGUCACCAUACCUGCAUUGUGACUCUCAUAUUACCAUUCGCCUGUAGCUCCCGCCUGCCUGUCUAUAGAUAUGUAUGAAUGGACCCCACAUAAUAUUAUACUCAAUUUAUACCUCA